GACCUCGACGCGGCGACGGAAACGGACGGCCGGCCAUUUAUACACUGCAUCUACGCAAAUCAGGUUUUGACCGCUGGCAACCGCCGCUCCGCGUACUGCGGCUCCUCAGGCGCACGCGUCGGCGGCAGCUCGCCCCCUGCUGGCAAGGGAACUAGCGUCGAGGAUCGGCCCUCUCUUGCGACUCCAGGGGUAUAACGUCGCCGUCCUCAACCGUCAAUAACGAGGGAAAAGAAAAAAAAUACAAGCAUGUCGUUGCGCUGGUCUCUUGGCUACCUUGCUAUCCCAGGCGUGCUGGCUCUCAUCUUCUUUCUGGCCUUCUCGUCGCAAUGGCUGUUCUCAAACACAGAGCCCGGCCCGCUCACCGCGCACCAGUCCGUCCAGUUCAACGGCCUCGUCGCCGCGCUCCUGGUAUGCUAUGCGCGGGCGGUGAUGACGGAUCCAGGACAUGUCCCAGCGGACUGGAAGCCGGACAGGACGCCGCCAGAUUCGACCGCCAGCAGGCAGAGAUGGUGUCGAAAAUGCAACGCCCAUAAGCCGCCGCGGGCUCAUCACUGCAAGAUCUGCCAAAGAUGCAUACCGAAAAUGGAUCAUCACUGUCCGUGGACGGUGAACUGCGUGUCGCACGUCACGUACCCGCACUUUCUGCGCUUCGUGGGCUACGCAGAUGCUGCCAUGCUGUACCUGGAGUAUUUCCUUUUCGUCCGCGCGUCUGUUGUGUGGGAAAACAGAGACAUGCCCAGCUACCUUGGCCCGACAGUCUUCCAACUCGUCCAUCUUUUCUUACUGAUCAUCGUGAAUUCCCUCACCCUGUUCGCUCUGGGCAUCCUCUUCAUCCGCGCUCUCUGGUGCUUAGUAGUCAAUACGUACACGAUCGAAGGGUGGGAGAUCGAGCGCCACGAGGUGCUUCUUCGCCGAGCAAGAACGAUGGGCGGUUAUCUAGACGGGCCCGACGGCACCAAGGUGCGCAUCGUGAAGCAAGAGUUCCCCUAUGACAUUGGCUUCUGGAACAACAUAGUCCAGGGCAUGGGCACAUCCAACGUUCUGGCUUGGUUUUGGCCCUUCGCCGCCUCACCAUCGAAUGAAAGCGGCCUGCAUUACGAGACCAACGGCUUCGAAGAUCCCUCACUUUCAUGGCCGCCUCCUGACCCAGAUAGGAUGCCGCGUGGAAAGGUCAGAUACGACCCUGCGGAAGAGGCAGCAUUCAACUCGGGCUUCUCGAACGACGAGAUCGAUGCAUUUAGACAACGCCAGCAAAGAGACUACGCCAGGCUAUCCGAUUACGAGACCGCGAUCCGUAGACGACAGAAAUUUCACCGCAGGUAUGACGCCGAUGACGAGGGAUCUGUCAGGCAAACUCUCGACGAGGAGCUCAGCGAGGGUGAAGAAGGAGAGGAGAGCUGGGCGACCAGCGAAGGUGAUCGACUGGCUGACUAUGGCGUCGAUGAGGAGAUUGAAUUCUACGACGAGGAAGAUCUGCCUCUGUCCGAACUUCUGAAGCGAAGACAGACCGCAGCAUCAUGAGGGGAGUGCAAGCAGUGUGAACUAGAUCAUGCCAAUGUCAAUAGAACUACUUGUUGUGAGGGCGCUGCCUCAAAGCCCUUUGGCUAGCGUGCCCGCGAUGACUGCGUUCUUUGGAAAGGCGACCGUCGCAUCCUCGAUCGCUGCGGUCGGAGCCACGAACUACAAAAUUCGAUGCGCGAUCUUAUUGACAAUCAAACUCCAAAU